CAAGAUGGCGGACAGGCGGCGGCAGCGGGCCUCCCAGGACAGCGAGGACGAGUCCGACUCGGCCGCCUCCGACAGCGUCGGUUCCCCGGCCGGCGCGGCCCGCUCCGGCUCCCCCGCCUCGCCCCCGCGACCGGCCCGGAGCGUCGCCGGGACCCUGCCCGCCGGGGGCUGGGGCCGCGGGACCGAGAGCGCGGCCGGGGCCGCCAAGAGCCCGCCGGAGUCCGAGUGUGAAAGUGAAGAUGGCAUCGAAGGAGAUGCUGUUCUGUCGGAUUAUGAAAGUGCAGAAGACUCCGAGGCCGAGGAAGGGGAGUACAGCGAGGAGGAAAGCGCAAAGGUGGAGCUGAAGCAGGCGAGUAACAAUGCCAGUGAAUCCACAGGAAAAGCUGAGAAAGGGGAAGAGAAGCCUGACCCGAAAGGUGCUGUGACUGGCGAGAGACAAAGUGGGGAUGGGCAGGAGAGCACUGAACCGUCUGAGAAUAAAGUUGGGAAAAAGGUCCCCAAGCACUUGGAUGAUGAUGAGGAUCGGAAGAACCCUGCGUACAUACCCCGCAAAGGGCUCUUCUUUGAACAUGAUCUCCGAGGACAGGCCCAGGAGGAGGAAGUCAGGCCGAAGGGUCGCCAGCGAAAGCUUUGGAAAGAUGAGGGCCGCUGGGAACAUGACAAAUUCCGGGAAGAUGAGCAAGCCCCCAAAAGCAGGCAGGAGCUGAUUGCGCUCUACGGCUAUGACAUCAGGUCGGCUCACAAUCCCGACGACAUCAAGCCGAGGAGGAUGCGGAAACCACGGUUUGGGAGCCCUCCGCAGCGAGAGCCGAACUGGGCCAACGAGAGGCAAAACAAGGCGCCAAGACCCCAGGGCUCUGAUAGUGAUCCGCUGCCUACACGAACCUUCAUCAGCCGGAACUCCACAGGCAUGGGUAGGAUGCCCUCUGCCAGGAACUUUCCAAGGAUGGGCGGCUACAAAGAGAACCGUCCAAGCUACCGAGCUGUGGAGGCAAACAGCCAGCACCUCUCUCGAACGGGUGACCCAGCUAAACACGAGAGCAGUUACCGGGCAAGGCGUGUUGAACAAGCCCCGGAGAGGGACCCCUCACCUGAAGCUGAGAUUGCACAUCUUCACAGCAGUCCUGUCAAGAAGGAAGAGGUCAUUUUGGAAAGCCAGACCCCAAGUGCAGACUCUGUACAGCCACCACCAGAUCGACCCAUUGAAAAGAAAUCCUACUCCCGGGCAAGGAGGACCCGGACUAAAGCUGGCGAUGCAGGAAAGCUGGCAGAUGAAGUGCCGCCUCCAGAAGGCUUGACGCCUGUGACUCCGAAACCAGUGCAGGUUGUGACGCCCCCUCCGCCUGCAAAGGCCGGUAGUUGGGAGACACCAGUAGAAUCCAGCAUGGAUGGACUCGAACAAGACAUGACUCAGUUGAAUCUAACUGAGCAGACCUGGACCCAAGGACAGCCUCCGUUCAUACAGCCUCGGGAACUUCGGGGUAUUCCUAAUCAUAUGCACAUGGGAACUGGACCACCACCACCUCAGUUCAACAGGAUGGAGGAAAUGGGAGUCCAGGGGGGCCGUGCAAAGCGUUACUCAUCCCAGCGUCAGCGGCCACCAGUUCCAGAGCCUGCUCCGCCCAUGCACAUCAGCAUCAUGGAAGGGCACUAUUAUGAUCCAUUGCAAUUCCAGGGACCAAUCUACACACACAGCGAGAAUCCUGCCCCGUUGCCCCCCCAGGGUAUGAUUGUACAGCCAGAAAUGCACCUCCCGCAUCCAGGUUUACAUCCACACCAGACACCGGCACCUUUGGCCAACCCUGGCUUAUAUCCUCCACCAGUCUCCAUGCCUCCUGGGCAACCGCCCCCGCAGCAGCUGCUCGCACCCACCUAUUUCUCCCCUCCUGGAGUCAUGAAUUUUGGGAAUCCCAGCUACCCCUAUCCCCCAGGAGCACUCCCACCACCACCUCCUCCCCAUCUGUAUCCCAACACACAGGCCCAGGCCCAGGUGUACGGAGGAGUCACCUACUACAACACUGUCCAGCAGCAAGUACAGCCGAAACCUUCACCACCACGAAGAACAUCCCAGCCCGUCACUAUCAAGCCGCCGCCUCCCGAGCUUCUCGUUGCAGGUUGUAAGCAGGGCUCCAGUUAAUUUGAGUUUCUAAAUACUUUAAAUCUAAACCCACGUACAAAGGCAGCACAAGUGAAAAAUCGAAGGAACGGAGCAAUACGUAGGGACACCCGCCUCAGAAGUUCCCGCACCAGAAUCGGCACCGCCAGCAAGCAGGAAGCUCUGACUCCGAGAAGUCCCCUUCUCCGUGCUUGGGUGAGGCCAGCAGGCGCCCACCUGCAGCACGCUGCCACAGCAGUAUUGUGCCCAGGGCCGGGCACCCUUCCCUGUUAGGUGUUUAGUGGGGUUCUCCUGCAAACCACCUCUCUCCCCGCUGCCCCUGUUCACUGGGUCAUGGAAGGUGUUGAAAUACUAAACACAAGGGUUGCUCCCUUGUUACAAGUUCUCGUGAUUCUCCUCCCCCCGUUAUUAAAUGUUUGCCCUUUUCCCAUCGUAGCAUAUUGAAUGAAGCUGGCUUGGUUCUGUCCUAGUUUUUUGUUUUAAAGAUGAACUGGCCCUUUCUGUUAAGCUGGGUAUAGGAGUCUCUGUUGGUCAGGUAGCCAGGAAUGUAACCACCUCCCCAAGGAAAUGUCUGAUGUUACUUUGUUUCUUCAGCUCUGAAAUUAGCAAGUUUAUUUCUGACAUUGUUUAAGCUUAGGUGUCUGGGAAAGGGCCGCUGGGUGUUAGCAGCCUGACAGGAAUGCGCUGGCCGUGCAGUCACCACUUAAUUUAGAAGCUCCUCCUCUUUCUCUCUGGAGCAAGCCCUGCUGGUAACUGUGUUGUGGGCAGUCUCUGUCGUCCAUGUGUGCAAACUCUCAACCUGCAACAGACCGAGACAGGGGAAAGUCCCGUCUCAGCUGCCCCACCAGUGCACGCUGCAUCCAGCAAAGGCAGAGUUCCUGCUGCCUGGGGACUCUCCACUGAAUGGGACCCAAAGAGGAGCAUGUGGCUCUCCAGGCAUGCCCUUGGGGUUCUGAAGAGCUGGCCUCUUGCUUGCAGGCUGCUUUUCCCUCAGCCUCAUUCUUGGGCAAACCGGCUUGGCGGGAUAAGCCCGUGUACAGUUUGUACCCAGCGCUUGGGUGUUGCUUCUGUGUAAAUGGAAGGUGAUGCAACCAGCCUUAACACGUCCACUUCCAAGGACGAGGCUGCUCAGUCUGAUCCCCCAGGAGGAACACUUGCUGCACACGUACCAUAACUUAAAUGGGUUCCUCCCCCUUUGUCUCUGAAACAGCAGAAUAGCCUUGAUCCCUGGUUUAGGAGUCGGAAGCCUGGCCCUGCAGCACUGUGGUUGCUGGAGCAGCCUGGCUUGCUCACGCUGCAGUGAUCUGCUGUCUCAUCAGUGCAGCAUAGGUCCUGCAGCGAUCACAGCACCGCUUCCAGCUACCCUUGAGCUUGGCUUUGGCCUCAGCUGUUUGCAAAUUGCGUUAGGGGAACUUGGCACAAGGUUGCUAAUUCAGCCCUGGACGCGUUGGGGCAGCGUGCAUGCAUCUGAGUCGUUCAGCAGGUUACUAAAAAGCAAGCGGUGUCUUGGCCUGUGAAUUCCCAGCCAUGGGGAGAGGGGGGAAGAGCUCCCACCUGCCUGUUUCUGGUUGAGAUCUUUUCAUGCAGAUGUGGCUUUCGAACUGAAGUACUUUUUUGUUGGUGUUUAAUUUAACAACCUUUUGUACUUAGUUGAAAUUAACUCAAAUGGCAUUUUAAAAAAAUCCUUUGUUUAAACUGUAACCGUUUCUCUGCCUUAUGCUGAAAUGUGUCGUUUAACAUAUCGGUCGCAGGACUGACUUUGUAGACCUAACAACACUGUGAUGGCUUUUUUGUUUUGUUUUUGUUCCUGUUCUUUUGGCGUGCACACGUGUAACCGACAUUGUAAUGACUUGGUGGAGACGACAAUACAUCUUAAAAAGUAACUGA